UCACUAUGAUUAACUGAAGAUGUCAAGUUAUUAGUUUCAUUUGAAGUUCAAAAUUUAUUGUUAAUUAAAAAGUUAACAUGCAUGGUGUUGUAGAAUACGACAUAUCGCCGAUAAGAGGACCCUUGGCGAAUGCAUUUGUGAUACUGAUAAAUGUGUUGUUCUUCAACAUCAAACUCAUCGGACUAUAUGAUGUUUAUCCCAGGGAUUAUAGUCAGAAAUUAUUAAACGAGGAAGAGAGCAUAUUUGAUUUCAUCAUAGUUGGCGCAGGCGCUGCAGGAUGCGCAGUUGCAAACAGAAUUUCGGAGCAAGAAUCCUUCACUGUUCUCCUGAUAGAAGCAGGCGAUUACCCGUCCCCUACUACCGAUGUCCCAGGUCUCUUCACCACUCUUAUUGGCUCGAAAGAAGACUGGACUUUUCUAAUGGAGACGGAAGCGAAGGCGUGCAAAGCGUACUCAGACCAAAGAUGCACUAUAAGCAGAGGAAAGGUUCUUGGAGGUACCAGCACCAUUAACAACCUGCUUUACAUUCGUGGGCUUCCCGAAGACUACGAGAAAUCUGGUAUAGAAACUUGGAAUUCUGAAAUAACUACAAAAAUAUUCGAGAAAAUGGAGGGCAACGAGAGCGCACCACUCCGGUCUUUGUUUAGUGAUGCCUGGCUGCACUUGAAUUUUACCAACUACACGGGAACUCCGAAACAUGUUUUGGAAGCAGCCUACUUAAGAACCGGUUACAGGCGACUACCUAUAAGACAUGCCAUCGGCGUUGUGGAUCAUUUGACAAUGAAAAAUAAUGGAGCGAGGAUUAAUAUGGCUCAGAGCUUUCUCACUCCAAUAAAGGAGCGUCCAAAUCUGUUUUUCACUAAAACUACGGAGGUGGAGGCUAUUGGAAUAACUGAAGCUGUUGAUAAGCGAGCCAACGGAGUUAACGUUUCCAUCAAUGGAGUUAGGUUCUUCCUGAGAGCAAGAAAAGAGGUUAUUCUAACUGCUGGAGCAAUCAAUAAUGCCAAGCUGCUUCUCAUGAGUGGUUUGGGAUCUAGGUCCUACCUCGUGUCCAAGAAUCUUCCAUUUCACGCAAAUUUGCCAGGCAUAGCGAAAAAUCUCUUGCUGCGUCCAACAGUACCUCUGUAUGUUGCCAUAGAACCGUGUUGCAGUGUUUGCCAUCGAGAGUACUACCAAGAAGAAGACCUCAUAAAGGAUUGUUUCGACUAUAUCAUGUACAAGUCUGGUUCCUGGAGCCAUACCAACAUCAAUUCAUUCGUAGCUUACAUCCUGACUCGAAAGCUUGGCACUAGUCUACCCAAUAUAGCGGUUCACCAUAUGUAUUUUAAAAUUGGAGAUAGGAACUUGAACGCUUGGGUUGACGCUAUGAACUACCAUCCGAAAAUUACUAAUUCCCUACUUAAUUUCAACAAGGAACGGGCGAUUAUUUUGUUUAUGGUCGAGCUCCUGAACCCUUUGUCCAGAGGCGAAGUUCUUUUGAAUGAAACGCAUUUUCUGAGCAAUCCGAUUGUUAAGGGAAAUUUUUUCACAGACGACGAGAACUGGGACUUUGAUACCUUGUACAGCGGGUUCAGUUUCAUUACAAACCUGACUGAAAUUGAGGCUCUAGCCAAAGAUAAAGCCGAGUUUUUGGAUUUAGACCUACCGAACUGCAGGAAUUUUAAAUUUUGUACCCCCACAUACGUGAAAUGUUACAUACAAAAUAUGGUGUUUCCGAGAAGCGACAUAGGUGGAACGGCAAAAAUGGGCCCAGAAUGUGAUCACAACGCUGUGGUGAAGGAAAAUCUGGAAGUAAGGAGUGUGAGGUGUUUAAGAGUGGCGGAUUCAAGUGUUUUGAAUUUUUUGCCAGUCGGGAAUACUGUCGCUACUGAUGCCAUGAUUGGGUACAACUUGGGGGAGAUUCUAAAAGAAAAAUGGCUGAAGAAUUACACCUCAAUAUUCCGUUCAUGAACGUUUUGAGAUACAAAAUUAUUCUUUUAUCAAUAAUAUUGGAACUCUUCAUAACUGUAUGUAAAAAUUUACUUUCUGUAAUUGUAGCAGAAAUAAAUUCAAUUUCUCUUCUCCAUAA